CCAAACCUUAAACUCAAUAGAAUGGCAAAGGCCGCUCUUGCUCUCGUGUCUGUGCUUUGCCUCUUGGCCCUCGCCGGCCCUGCCCAUUGCCACGACGACAAGGGCGCCUUCCACGUCCAAGGCAAGGUCUACUGCGAUACUUGCCGCGUCUUGUUCCCCACUCGACUCAGCGAAUACCUGGCUGGUGCGGAGGUGGAGCUGAAAUGCCGACACCUAGAGAACAAGACGGAGACCCUGAGCGUGACCGGGAGAACCAACAAGGACGGGCACUACAAGCUGGCUGUGGAGGGCGACCAUGACGAUGAGAUGUGCGAAGUGAACGUGAUCUCGAGCCCCAACCCAGAGUGCAACGAACACAACUCGGAGAUAAGCAGCGCCAUCGUGAGCUUGGCAAAGAACAGUGGGAUUCGAUCUGAUUCCCGCUUCUGCAAUCCCAUCGGAUUCAGGAAGAAGACAGCUCUUCCCAACUGCGCGGAGGUAUUCGACGAAUUGGGCUUCGUCCCCUUCUCUCAUUAA